UGCAUCUUUAGUAAAGUAAAAAUACAUUCGCCUUUCCCCGAGUAGAAGUAUGAGGCGAUUAUUUAUCGCAAUCUCUCUAUGUCUGGCGGUAUCGGUAUCUGCAGAAGAAAAUGGCGGCAAAACUUCGGAAGCUCUUGGAAUGCUCCUCGAACGUGCGAAAGAAAUGAUGUGCGAAAUACCUUCGAAGGAAAGAGAAAAAUGUUUUAAGGGAAGAGUAACCAAAAGAAAAUGCAACAGAUUUUCGUUGUGCUGUUAUGAUGAUAAUGAUCAAAAACAAGAAUGCUACAAAGUCAGAGCUUUUCAAGAAGUUCACAAUGAAAUCGUAGAAGCUCAAUUAUAUGAAGCUUCAUAUGAAAAUGAAAAGGGAACGCAACGCAAAACAACAGAUGCUCUAUUGUUGAUGAGUCUCAGAUGCAUGUAUGAUAAAACAUAUCCAGGAUGCCAAGGUCAUGUUCGUCCGCACACAAAUGUAAGCCCAACAUUCAUUCCCGGAAUCCCGGGCUACAGAGUUACAACGCAGCCACCGACACUACCAGUUGUUUCAACAACUUCCUCGCCAAAAUGCCAUUGGUGGCCAUGGGGUGCUUGGAGCAAUUGUGAAGGCUAUUGUGGAGUCGGAGUCCAAAAAAGAAUGCGCAGAUGCAGCGGGUGCAUACCCGGCGAAGGUCAAUGCCUAGGAAACUGCUAUAGUUACAAACGAUGCGCGAAUCCAGCAGGACAAGCGUGCGCUUAUUGGAGUGGAUGGUCUGAAUUCAGUGCAUGCAGCACAACGUGUGGAGAAGGAACUCGCAAAAAGACAAGAUCGUGCUAUGGAGGAAAAGUUGGUGAAAAAGGUUGCCUAGGAGAACCAACAAUAUCUGAAACAUGCAAUGUGGGAGAUGGACAAUAUCUCAACUGGGGAGAGUGGUCAACGUGUUCUGUAUCGUGUGGUUCUGGAUUCAAGACACGAAAACAGAUCCAUACUUGUGACAAAGAACCAAACACUGAAGUGGAAACUUGUAACACCCAAGUUUGUUGUGGAAGACUUCAAUGGAGUGCAUGGACAGCAUGCAGUGCUUCAUGUAAUAAGGGUUUUCAACUUCGCAAAAGAUCCGAUGUUUGUCCCGAUAUUCCAGAAGAAACUGAAACAACAGUUUGUGAUGCAGGCCCCGGUAAUUAUGGUGACUGGUCUUUGUGGGGGGCAUGUUCCUCAACAUGUGAGGGUGGACAGCAGAUUCGUCGAAGAAAACAUUCAUGUGGAAUACAAGACGAAAUUGAAUCACGUGAAUGUGGAAAUACUGGAUACUACAUGACGUGGAGUGACUGGAGCACAUGUUCCCAAUCUUGUGUUGGCGGGCUACAAGUUCGAAAUCGUCUGCAUUCUUGUGGCAAACCCGAAGAAUCUGAAUCAAGGAAAUGUGGAAGACCAGGCGAAUACUCACCAUGGCAGUCAUGGUCCGCUUGUACCAAGUCAUGUCCUGGUGGAACCAUGUCUCGAGUACGAUUUCACACGUGUAGUGAUGAAAGUGAUGUAAACACAAUCAAAUGCGGAAAAGAUGCCGGAUUCAGUAAUUGGGGAUUUUGGUCCGCAUGCAGUUCAUCUUGUCCAGGAGGAAGAAAAACAAGAUCGCGAUAUGGAAUUUGUAGCAACGAACACGAGACGGAGACUGAAUCUUGUGGGGCAUCGGGAUCGUGGGGUGACUACUCAUCUUGGAGUGUCUGUACCAAACAUUGCGGUGGAGGAAUGACAUAUCGAACAAGAAUUCAUUCUUGUCCAACUACUUUGCCAGGAAAUGGCAGUUCUGGUACUGAAAGAGAAGAAGAAGCUUGUAACACAAAACCAUGUUGCUCAUACAACGCAUGGUCACCGUGGUCUGCAUGUUCAGUAACUUGUGAAUUCGGAACACAAAAAAGAUACAAGACUAAUACUUGCCCCGAAGUUCCCAAAGAAGCGGAAACUAUGUUCUGCAAUGCUGGUCCGGGACAAUAUGGUGAAUGGAGCGCCUGGUCAACUUGCUCGUCUUCUUGUCCUGGUGGACAACAGACUCGAGUUCAGAAACAUUCCUGUGGGAGAGAUGAUUCCGUUGAAACAAGAUUUUGCGGAGAAGAUGCAGGGUAUGGAUCAUGGCAACAGUGGUCAACAUGCAGUAAAACAUGUGGUGGAGGAGUAUUGAUUAGACAAAGAUUUCAUAUUUGUGAACGUAAAGACGCAGAAACAGAAACCAGAAUUUGUAACGAUGAACCAGGAUCAUACUUACCUUUUGGAGCAUGGAGUCGAUGUUCAAAAACUUGCCCGGGUGGACAGAAAAUUCGAUAUGCCAAACAUACUUGCGGUUUGAAAGACAAGGUCGAAGUUGAAGAAUGUGGAGGCCCGGGAGAAUUCAUGGAUUGGAGUCAAUGGACUCAAUGUAGCAGUACAUGUAAUGGUGAACAGAUGCGAACAAGGUUCCAUUCAUGUAACAAGUCACCUGAUAUUGAAAGACGUAAAUGUGAAAACGGAGGAUCGUACAGUCAGUGGACAUCAUGGGGCCCUUGCUCUAAAACAUGUUAUGGAGGUGAACAAACCAGAUCGCGUUAUCACUCUUGUGAUGAGCCAAUGAUGAAAGAAACCCAAUUUUGUGGCGAACAACCCAGCUAUGGACAGUGGAGCUUUUGGUCACCUUGUUCAGUCACAUGCGGAGUUGGCAAACAAACAAGACAACGGCCAGGAUUUUGUGGAAAUGAUCAAGAUACAGAGGAAAGAGUAUGUGGUACUAAAACCUGUUGUGAACUUUUGGAAUGGAGUGCAUGGUCUGCUUGUAGUACAUCGUGCUUCACUGGACAACAAAGUCGAACGCGUGCUACCACUUGCUCAAACGGUGUUCCAAUUUCCACUGAACUUAGAGAUUGCAAUGGCGGAGAUGGGCAGUACAUGGAGUGGUCGAUGUGGUCACAAUGCCCUGUUACAUGCGGAGGAGCAGUCCAAACAAGACAUCGUUUUCAUACUUGCCGAAAAGAUUCGGAUACUGAAACUAAGCCAUGCGCGACAACUGAAUGCCCAUACUUUACAGAAUGGACACCUUGGUCAACGUGCUCAGCAUCUUGCUUUCAAGGUGUUCAAAUGAGAAACAGAGAAUGUAUCAAUGGAGUUGCUGGUUAUUUUGGAUGUGUAGGAGAAGUUGUACAAACAACUGAUUGUACAAUCAACCCUGGUAGUUGGAGCCAGUGGUCAUCUUACACACGAUGCUCGGCAACGUGCGAUGGCGGAACACAAUAUCGAACUAGAAAACACUCAUGUGGUCUACCAGAUGAAGUUGAUUCAAUAUCCUGCAACACGCACCAAGGUUCCUGGAUGGAAUGGGACAUGUGGACAACAUGCUCAAAAACAUGUGGUGGCGGAGUACGUAGUAGAAGUCGUCGUCAUACCUGUGGACAACCAGAAGAUACUCAAAUAGAAGCAUGUAACCAAUACUCAGGAUCUUACAGUGAAUGGUCUAUGUGGUCAACAUGCUCCAAAACUUGCGCUGGGGGCACUCGCACAAAGCAUCGACAUCACUCAUGCGGACUAAACCCUCAAGUCGCCUCAGAACCUUGCAAUACAUAUCAAGGAAAUUACGUACAAUGGAGUCAAUGGAGCGAAUGUUCCGCUACAUGCGGUGGAGGAUCAAGAUCAAGGAGUAGAUCACAUACCUGUGGCUUUGAACCCCAAUAUGAGCAAGAGGACUGUACCCGAGGUCCAUGCCCAUACUGGACCGGAUGGACAACAUGGAGUGCUUGCUCCGUCACAUGCGGUACGGGAUUGCAGAUGAGAUCACGAUUUUGUGAGGAAGGUGUGAAAGGGCAACCAGGUUGCAUGGGAGAACCAGUGGACAUGAAACCUUGUAAUGCAGGAGAUGGAAUGUGGAUGGAAUGGAGUCAAUUUAGUACAUGUAGUGCAACCUGCAACGGUGGUUUCAUGACAAGAUAUCGUUCUCAUACAUGUGGCAAGCCUAAUGAAGUCGAGACGCUUCCUUGUAAUACUGUUGUGGGAACUUAUGGUGCGUGGUCACAAUGGGGUGCGUGUAGCGCCACAUGUGGAGGCGGAAGCCAUGUAAGGAGAAGAUCACACUCUUGUGGAAAACCCGACGAGGUUCAGGUCGAAGCAUGUAAUGAUAACCCAGGUCAUUAUACUGAAUGGUCCGACUUUACGCCAUGUUCCGCAACUUGUAGUGGUGGAACGAAAUCACGUAAACGUCAUCAUACUUGUGGAAGACAGCCGGAAAUUGAAACUGUCAUCUGCAAUACUCAGCCAUGCGCCUACUGGGGAGGUUGGAGCAAUUAUGGACCUUGUAGCGCCACAUGCGGCGAAGGAACAAGGACACGAUCUCGGCAAUGUCACGGAGGUAAACCGGGCAAUGGACUCUGCUUUGGAAUUGUAGAAGAACCACAAAGUUGCAACGCUGGUGCUUGUUGCGAUUGGGACUGGAGUGGCUGGAGUCAAUGUUGUUCUAAGACAAUAUACUCCGGAAAAAGCAAUAUUCAAAUUCGAAUGAGAGGAAACCAGUGUGGCCUGGAGUGGGAAGAAAAAACACGAGAUUGUCUUCCGGGGAUGACAUCCCAGUUUGAUUGCUCAAAUACAAGGAAAAUUUGGUCGAAGACCUUCAGAUGAAAAUAUCCACAAUGAUGCUACGACUUUCUUUUGUUUUGUUUUGUAUACGACCAAUGAAUUAGUGCAUAGAUUUAAAUUUGUAUCAAUAUGUUAAUUGAACUACUUGUUCGGAAUAAAUAUAUUUCUUGGUA